CUCCAGUUCAGUUUGAGCUUUGGAGGAUCUUCCUGAACCAACCAUUUCUCCACUUCGUCCAAGCAGCAAGGCAGCUAUACCGCACCUGCACUUGCACUGCACCUGCACCGCACUUGAAUUCAUUCCUGUCAGGCCGUAUUCAGGUUGCGGUUUGUUUCGUUUCCUGAACAGUUGUGGUAUACUUUCUGCUAUGAGAAUGCUGUGUUAGCAUUGAGUCACCCUCAUUCACCUUGUGACUCGUGUAUCAUCCCUCCUCGAUCUCAGCAUCCUUCACACUGCAUCCUCCGCCGUUAUUACCCUCCAGUACUACGAAUUCAGCAGCAUCGACUGCCAUCCACACAAUAAAAGCUUCACAUUUUCUGGCACAGAUAGGGAAGGACGUGAAGAUACCUGGUCACUCUCGAAAUAUCUGCUGGGAUUUUGAUUGUCCACAAAGUGGCCUUGCAGGCCACCCUCCAAUGCCAUCAUGAGAGCCGGUCCACUUCUCAUAACCUGGCACAACGAAAACCAGCCCAUAUACUCUGUCCACUUCGAUCCUCGUGGUAAGGGAAGGCUUGCAACUGGUGGAAACGAUAACAAUGUCCGAUUAUGGAGUAUCGAAGCUCAGGGAGACGAGCGAAAGGUCACAUACCUAUCCACACUUACCAGACAUACUCAACCGGUGAAUGUCGUACGGUUCUGCCCUAAAGGGGAAAUGCUAGCUUCUGCCGGCGACGAUGGAAAUAUUCUCCUCUGGGUGCCCUCCGAAACAUCAAUGACAGCCUUAGGUGAAGACCAUGCAGACGACAAAGAGACAUGGAGGAUAAAGCACAUGUGCCGGACAUCAAGCGGAGCAGAAAUAUACGACUUAGCAUGGUCUCCCGAUGGUCAAUAUUUCAUUACUGGAGGUGUUGACAACACCGCCAGGAUUUUCAAUGCCCAUACAGGUGCAAUGAUUCGUCAGAUAGCGGAGCACAACCAUUUUGUACAAGGAGUUGCCUGGGAUCCUCUCAACGAAUUUGUCGCAACACAAUCCUCAGACCGAUCAGUCCAUAUCUACACCCUGAAGCUCAAAGAUGGUACGGCGACUCUCUCGACACAUGGCAAAUUCAACAAGAUGGAUCUGCCUGCCCGCCGGAUAUCCUCAAACAGUCCUGCUCCAGCCGAGCUAACACAUCGAGCGUCCAAUGCUAGUGCCAACAAUAUUUCCAUUGCUUCUCCCGCCCCGUCAAACCCUGGUACACCUCUAACCACACCACAUCCCAUGGACCCUCCCAUGCUUACGUCUAGUCGACGAUCGUCAUUCGGUUCAUCUCCGUCGUUCAGGCGAUCGGCUUCUCCGGCUCCCUCGCUACCACUACCUGCUGUACGUCCAGAGAUCUCUUCUCCCAGUUUGAAUGCGGCCAUGGGUCUGGCUGUGAAGAACACAAACAUCUAUCACAAUGAGACAAUGACCUCAUUUUUCCGCCGGCUCUCAUUCUCUCCCGAGGGAAGCUUGCUUUUCACACCUGCAGGACAUUACAAACAGGCAUUUCCCAGCGCAGCCGAUCCGAUUCGAUCAUCAGAAGACAUCUCUAACACCGUCUACAUCUACACUCGUGCUGGUUUCAACAAGCCUCCCGUUGCACAUCUGCCAGGACACAAGAAACCCUCAGUUGCCGUCAAGUGUUCUCCGAUUCUCUACACCCUACGUUCCGCUUCGAAACCUACCAACCACAUCACCAUCGACACAUCCUCCGCAAGCGAAGAAAUACCAUUGUUGCCGGAGGCUAUAACACAGGGCUCCUCAACGUUCAUGGAACCGCCGCCGCUUUUAGCUUCGACUUCGAACCUUGAGGCGAUGUCGGCACCUUCACCUCGAACAGUGCCCGAUAGCGAGUCUACCAAUCCAACACCUACUCCUGCAUUUGCCCUGCCGUAUCGUAUGGUUUACGCGGUAGCGACACAGGACGCAGUGUUUGUUUAUGAUACUCAGCAAAUGACGCCUUUGUGUGUGGUUAGCAACCUUCAUUAUGCUACGUUUUCGGAUUUGACAUGGUCAAACGAUGGUCUCACGUUGUUGAUGUCUUCUACUGACGGAUAUUGUUCAACCUUAUCUUUCGCCCUAGGCGAACUAGGUCAGGUUUAUAGCGGAGCUCAUCCGACCUACAACCACCCUGUUGUUUCAACAACCAUUCCUUUGCCGACUUCCUCCGCCAACUCUACGCCCAUGCCUACCCCUACGGCCACAGCAUCUCCUUCACUGAUGAAAGCUUCUCCGGUACCUGUAAUGCCUUCUCACCCCUCUCCAGCACCGUUCAUUGUCCGUCCCGGAAGUCCGGCAAGGUCAAAUUCUCAGUCAUCGAUAGCUACGAUGGCUUCGUAUCAGACUUCGGGUAUACCCAACAGCGCAACUCCCACGAUGGGUCACGUGCCUCUAGUCACGGCUGCAAACUCAGGACCGCCAGUGGCUAUCCCACCUAUGUCGACACCUCCACAGACGCCAGCUAGUGUACAUGGUGGCCACCAUUCUGCGACGAGCUCGAUUAGUGGUGCAGUACUGGGAAAGAGGGAAGUAGGUGCUACAAGUGAAAGUGAGCAGGAGGAGACCAAGGCAAAGAAGAGAAGAAUAGCCCCAACUCAUGUUGGUCCUUCCGGUUCGGCGGCAACCUCAAAAGAGGAAGACAAGAGCUAGGCCUUCAGAUGAGAAGUGUGGCUCUGUCUCGACUGGCGGAUAUCCGCUCUACACGGCGCAGAGGUGGCUUGUUGCUCUUUGACAAUGUUCUAGCGUGGCGUCAGGCUUUGAAAAUGAGGGCCGCUGUGGCGCCCUAGGUAUCUUCGGUGAUGGGACGGUCGCUUGCCUAUGUGUCGCAGCACAAUAUCAUACAGCGAGUGCAGUGUUAGAAAUAACUGUCUGGAGUGCAAAUCCACCCCAAUUGCUAAAUUGAA